AUGGGCAAUAGCGCCUCCUCGGGUCGCGGCCAUCACGAGGAGACUGUCGACCUCGGCUACCUCACCCCCCAGGGCAUCUACACCGGCACUAGAGACUGGAACCAGUCUAUAGUUGCGCAGCUCAUCUGCGAACGCAAGCUCGCCCCGUUCUACCGCCCCUUAGAAGACUACGACGAAUCUUGGGACGAUGAACAGAUCUUUGCGCAUAGGAGAGAGCCUCUGGACGCCGAUGCAUUGCAGCCGGAGGGGUCGAGCUCACGCGCUGACUCGAUGUCUGUCGCGUCCCGAUCUAGCCACCACAAACGCGGUCAUGGUACCAGCAACUCUAGGGAUCUGACGCGACAUCUGGAUAUCGCUGUCUACAGAGGAGCUGUCGAGUGUCCCAUCUGUUUCUUGUAUUACCCACCCAAUAUCAACCAUUCGCGAUGUUGCGACCAAGCCAUUUGUACAGAAUGUUUUGUGCAGAUUAAACGAGCAGAGCCAGAUCCCAAACACCUGGUGUCUGAGCCCGCGUCAUGUCCCUAUUGUGUACAGGAGAACUUUGGGGUAGUAUACACCCCACCCACAUGGCGUACAGGAUUGGGCAGCGAGGGGGCGACACCCCCCUCAUGGCCGGAAUCACCUAAGCAAUCUGAUACUAGUACUCCUAUGUCAGCGAUGAAACGCCCACGAAAGAGUUUCGGUGCGGACAGCCCUGAAGUCGUCACUAUAGAUCAAAUUCGACCUGACUGGGAAGCGAAGUUAGCCGCCGUCCGUGCAGCAGUCGCUCGGCGCGCGAAUAGGCGAAUCAUCAUGAGGCAAGUUGGUGACCGGCUCAUCCCGGUAGGCAUCAGCAGCGGACGAGUGCAUGCAUUGCCCACAGAAGAUGGCCAGAUUGAAGGAGGGGAGGGUGGCACUGAGCGGGGAAGCCGUAGGUCGCGGCGGAGGCAACAGAAUCAGGAUAUCAAUCAACUGUUGGGCUCCAUGGGUCUUGGUGGACAAGAUUUAGAAGAACUUAUGGUUAUGGAAGCGUUGCGAUUAUCGCUUAUUGAGCAUGAAGCACAGCAGCGACGUGAACGGGAAGAAGAGGAAAGAAAGAAGGCACAGUCGGCGGCAGAACUUGACACAAACACCCAAAGCCAGAGUCAAAACUUAGUUUCGGGGACUUCGUCCGAUAGUGCACCAUCUAGCACAUCCGACACAGCGUCGGCUUUGUCUACGUCUGCUCCAGUUGAAACAUCUCAAAUAGUCGAAGUUACUGAUCCUGCAGACGUCAAUACGUUGACGCCAACAGUUGCUAUUCAUCCGCUCAGCUCGACACCUCCAACCACGGAAUCCUCAAGCCCAUCCUCAGACGGCGCACACCCUAGUGUGGAGAGCGAUGGUGGACUAUCUCUGGACAGUGCGACGACGUCACAACCAGAUGGUUCGUCUAUUGGGCUGAGCGCCGUAGCGUCCCGACCAGAAACCCCUGUGUCGGCCGUCGAUGCGCCGUCCAACUAUGACGUCCUGUUGUCUUCGCCAGAGUCUGCGGUUUCGCACAAGCCGCUGCUGCGCUCGCGGCCUCCGACCCCCUUGGCUGAUUCUGGUGCCGCUUCUGCCAACUGA